UCGUAGCGUCUGGUCGUGUUCGUGCAGCAAUCGAAGAGCCCCCACAACAGUCCACCCCCCCACCUAAUAAAGACAGCAAGUCGCUCAAGAGCUUGCCUCUGUGCGUGCGUGUGUGUGUGUGUGUGUGAGUGAAACAGUGUCAGGAUCCGUGUUAUCCUCAAAGAAACAAACAAACGACAAAAAAAAGAAACAAUCGAGAAUAUAUAAACCAAAACAGAAUUUAAACAUUGCUCCAAUUUGGAGUUCCAGUUGGACAGCCAUGUCAGCAGUGAAGGAUAAACCGUUGCUGCUGCUGCUUGUUGGCCUAUUGGCCGCAUUGAGUUCACUACAGCCCUGCUGUGAUGCCGCCUACCCAUAUUAUGGCACCAAGAUCGGCUCACUAACACGACUGCAUCAUGGCGUUUCCGGUGACGUCUAUGCCGUGGAUUCCCGCACGAUAUUUAUCAAGAAAUUCAACUAUGAUGGCGAAGCGCCCGCCGCCUACUUCUAUGUGGGCAACACAGCCCGGCCCAGCAACGAGGGCGCCGCCCGCCUCCGCGAUGAGCGCGGUGGCACCACAGCACUAACUCGUCGCUAUCGCAACAAGGACAUCACUUUGUCGUUGCCAGAGGGCAAGACGUUGCGCGAUGUCAAGUGGUUCUCCGUGUGGUGCGAUGAGUUUGCUGUCAAUUUCGGUGAUGUGGCCAUUCCAAGCAGUUUGGAUUUUCCCCGACCACAGAAGAUAAAUGCGCUGAGAGGUGUGCAUGGCGUCUCCUCCGAUAACAUUGUCAUUGUUGAUGCCCAAACGCUGCUGGUGCCCAACUUCAGCUAUGAUGGCGAAGCGCCAGAUGCCAAGUUCUGGGUGGGUCGUGGCCAGCGCCCCUCGCCCGAUGGCCUGCGCAUUCCGGACGAGAAUGGCAAGGAGAUUCCACUGCGUCGCUACGAUAGAAAGACAAUUGUGUUGACCCUGCCGGAGGAUUUGACCAUCUUUGAUAUUGGACACUUUGGUGUCUGGUGUGAGGCAUUCACCGUUGACUUUGGUCACGUCCGUCUGCCGGAGGGUCUCAAUGUGCCGCCCUCACUGAAAAUGCUGGGCAUCAGUCCACAGUCCAAGCUCAACUGUGAGGUGCUCUACGAUGAUCUGGCAUUUGAAAUACGCUGGGCAGUGGCCGGUGAGAGCAUCGUUAUACAAUUGGUCGCCAAAUUGGAACCCAACAAUUACAUGUCCUUUGGCAUCUCGCCCAACAAGAACAUUAGCCAAAUGAUUGGCGCCGAUGUCGCCGUUGCCUGGGUGGAUCCCGAGACCGGCAAUGGUUUUGCCCAGGAUUAUCUCCUGGAGGGCAAGGCCCAAUGUUCGGGCAGUCGUGGCGCCUGUCCAGAUGUGAAGAUACAGCCAAACACCAACUCCAUACGACUACUGAAUGCGGCCAUGGUCAAUGGUUACUCCAUUGUCACCUAUCAGCGAUCGCUCUCUGCCACUGAUCGUCUGGACUUGCCCAUCUCAAUCAGUGAUGUGGAGUCCAUUGUGUGGGCCAUUGGGCCCUUGAAUGACUUCCGGGAGGUCUCCUUCCACACUUACUAUAAUAAGCAUUUGCAGCAGAUUGAGUUUGGACGCCAGCCCAAAUGGAAUUGCCCACUGCCGGAGGGUGCCAAGCCAGGCAGCAGCAGCACCACCGAACAGGAAGAGGAAGUCACACAAAUUAGCUCCACUGGCGGUGCGGGCUAUCCACCCGCAGGACGUCCCAACAUUGAGCCCGACGAGGAGUUCUAUGAGAAUCGUGCUCAGGCCCUGCAACGCACCACCACCGCACAAGGCCCACUGCGCCGCCAAGAGACCGCCGUAUCCACCCAACGUCGUCCGGUGCCUACACCCAAGCCUGUGAACAGCAACGGUGCCUGGGAUAUUCCGGCCAUACAAUGUCAUGAGCCGGAGGAUGGUGUCUUCUAUGCUCAAAUGGGACCAACGGGCGGAAAGCAUGGUUAUCCAGCUAUAACCGGUCAUGUGGGUUGGGGCAUCUCUUGGUACAUCAACGGAUUACUGAUUCCCGAGCUUCAUGUGGUCCGCGGCAGGACCUACACUUUUGUGGUUGAGGGCGGCAACAAUCCGGACAUACCCGCCAAGUAUCAUCCCUUCUAUAUUAGCGACGAUCCAGUUGGUGGCUACGAGCACAAGCGCGAGGAGGAGAAGAUGGCCGUACGCAUCUUUGCUGGUGUUCAUCGCUCCAGGUCUGGCCAAGUGACGCCAACGGGCGUUGGCCGUUUGUGCAACUGGACGCCCGAUGUGGAUGGACCACCGGCGGAUGACUAUCAAUCCUUUGGGGCAUACCAGCGCACGCUGACACUCAAGUGUGAUGCCGGCGAGCCGGGUGUAAUCAGCUGGAAGCCGGAUAGGAAUACGCCGGACACCGUUUACUAUCACUGUUUCACGCAUCGUUAUCUGGGCUGGAAGAUACACGUGCACGACUCGUGCGAUGGCUUCGGUGAUGGCAUAGGCGCCGCCUCCAAUCGGUUUGAAUUGCACGAGCCGGUGCCGGUGCGGGAAGACUAUGCCGCCGAGUCAUCGAUACGCCACGAAACCAAGAUGGCAUCCGCGCUGCAGAGGCUCUCGAGGAGAGCCUACUAAGGAACCAGUCGAUCCUAGCCGAACCA